AAUCAAAUAAUUGUUCUAUUUUCUUAUGUCUAUCUUGAGCGCCAAUUCCCCUUUCCAUCCUCUCUGCUUCCUUUCCAUAGUGUGAACAAUUUUGCCGACUUUAAGAACUCGGGUUCUUCAACCAUUAAUCCUUUUCUUCCAUUCACAAAACCCAAUUUUUACUGUUAGUGAGGGACAGCAUCAGGGAAUUGUUUUGUUGAAUUGAGCCUUUGCAAGAAUGCUCUUCAGGAGUUUACAUUCUAGCAAAAUUCAGUAUCUGAGACGAAGGUGUUUUUCAUCUGCAACUGCUCCUCAUGUGCUUAAACUUGGGGAUGUGUUGAGAAAGACAAGGAUUUUUACUGAGGAAGAUGUACUUCAGUACUCUAAGGUGAGUCAUGAUUCUAAUCCUUUGCACAUGGAUUCGGCUGCUGCUCAAAAUGUUGGAUUUGACGGUCCGCUGGUACAUGGGAUGCUUGUUGCUUCACUUUUUCCUAAUAUCAUCUCAUCACAUUUUCCUGCAGCUGUCUAUGCAUCUCAAACCUUGAAUUUUAAGUUACCAGUCUAUAUUGGAGAUCAGGUUGUUGGUGAAGUACAAGUAACUAAUCUAAGAGUAAAUAAAAACCGAUAUCUUGCAAAGUUUAAGACAAGGUGCUUCAAGAAUGGAGAAAUUCUUGUCAUUGAAGGUGAGGCAUUGGCUUUGUUACCAACCCUUGACUAUAGAGCUGUGGAAGUAUAACAAGCAAUAGAAGCCAAUCACAAUGUUAAUCAUGAAUGCCUUUUCGUAGGAAGCAUCGGACAUACCAGUAAAAAGCUUUUGAUCUUUCUGAUUCGGAUGCAAUUGAAAUGACUCAUGCUUGAUUGUUUCAUGUCCGCAAUUUUAUCAUGUUUCGCAACAGAUCACUUUUUCUGUGCAACUCUGAAUCAAGUAGCAGAAAGAGUAUAAUCUAUGUCUAGGAUAAACCUUUGUGCAUUUUGUACCCUUUAACGCCAAUGGUUUUGGAAUAGAAGUUUAUUGUAUUAGUGAGCAAGGCUUACCUUAAUUUCGCAGCCAUUCUAGUUUUUGUUUUUAAGAUGUAGUAUUAUAUGAUGUGAUGAGAUAUUGAAAUAUGACUUAACAUUUGUGUAAAAUCUGUAUAUAUUUGUUGCUACAUAGAUAUUAAUAUCAACACAAACUAAUGUAAAUUCAUGA